AUGGGGAGCCGCAGCGGAGCGGAGCGGAGCGGAGCUCUCAGGGAUGCCGCCAGCUGCGAGAGCCGCCGGAGCGAGGGCGGGGGGAGACGAGACGAGACUGUGGGCGCCAGGCCGGGCUUCCUGAGCAGCGGCAACUGUGCAAACUCGGAGAUAAACCUGUUUUGUGUCAUUUUUCUUACAUAUUCUAAGGUACAGAAGCAAAAUGUUUAUUUUACCAUCAGUAGGUUGUAUUUCUUAAUCACUCUGGAAACACUGAUGGGUGGACCAAUGCAUUUUUAUCAACUUGUGUACAUCAGCAUUCUGUCUACAGCUUGUUGCAGCUUGCCUGAAAGAUUUCUCGGAGGGCCACCUCACAACCUACAAAUGCAAUCCAGCAAUUUUCAGCACAUUUUGUCCUGGCAAGCAAAAAGUGAUCCAGCUGUGCCAACAUACUAUCGUGUGCUGUACACUGACCGCAGGAACUGGAAGACUGCUAAACAAUGUUCAAAUACUGCACAACUCUCCUGUGAUCUGACAGAUGAUUUUGAAGAUAUUUCCACUCAGUAUUCUGCAUUGGUUCAAAGCUUCAUAGGAACUGAAGUAUUCAAUUCUUCUGUACUUCUUUUUAUGCCAUCUACUGACACAUUCCUGGGACCACCGGAAGUAAAUAUCAGUUCCUGUCUAAACUGCGUAAAUGUCACCAUAAAGCUGCCAACCUCUCACUUCAGAAAAAAUGGAAAGCGACUCUCUUUAAUUGAUAUAUAUAAAGAGCUUGAUUAUGAUAUAACAUUGAAAACACUUGAUGAAGAGCAUAAGAGGUCACGUGAGAAAACCACAGAAGACAUUUUUAAUACUGUUAUUGAAGAAUUGUAUGCAAAUAGAAAUUACUGUGUGUCUGUUACGGUCACUGCAUCUCUAAACAAGCAUUCCAUCCCAUCACACUGGAAAUGUAUAACUACAGACUCUGUAGUUCGACAAGAUUAUCAUACAGCUGCAAUAGCAGGUGCUAUAUGUUUUUCACUGAUGUUAGCUGGUGCCCUGAAGUGUAUGCAUGCAGGAGGUUAUAUUCUUCCAAAAGAAUCACUUCCACGUACCUUGGUAUUCAUCAGGACUUUAGCCUAUUCACCUUGGAUAUUUGAAUCUGAAGAAAUAACCUUUGUAGAGGUCAUUUACAAAGAGGUUAAAAAACAGGCAAAUGAAUCCAGUGGUGGUGUCAGUGAUGGAGAUGACAGCGAUGACAGUGAUGCCAUAAGUAAUCAUGACUAUACAAGGCGUGAUAUCAUAAGUAAAGUACCUCAUUCCUCUGACAUGCCAAAUGUAUUUGUGCAGUACUGUACAAGUAGUACAUGUGACGACAGCAGCAGCCAGGCAAGUGAAAAUCCAGAUGCUGACCCAGAAGAUUUUGAAGAGCAUGAGAUGGACAUUGAAGACAACAAAGACGCAAGUAGUGGGUUACUUAAUCCUUUUGCUGAGGUAAAUUGUAACUAUUCUUCUAGGCAAAGGAACAGUGCUUGCUUUACCAUUAACUUAAAUACUGUGCUGUUGGGAGCCUCUGAAGAGAACGUGGAUAGUUCUGCAGCCCUUCUUUCUUCCCAGGAAGGUGCAGUUGACUGGCAAUGUACUCGUGCUUUUGAAUCGAAACUCCUGGAUGACACAGAAAGUGUGCCGGAACAACACUGUCAUAACGGCUCUCGUGGAUGGCAAAAUUCCUCUUGUUCUUCUGAUGAAAGCGACUCGUCAGAUUCAGAUAUGGGCCAAAAAACUGAAUACAUAAGAAGAUGAAUAAGUGAGAACCACUGCUAUUUUAUAACAUAUGAAUUUAUAUUGUCCAACUUUAUUUCUGGACUCAACAUACAGAUCUUGUCUUUUUCUUUUUUUAACAUUCUGUGAGUAUAUGCCUGAACACUGAAAAUACGCAACACUCAUUUUUAACAAAUAUUUCUCUUAUCUCUCCGGGUUGCUCCAGGUAUGAUUCAGGUUGGAUUAUCCACAGAGAAACAAAAAUGACUGUUCAGAUGCAGCAGAAAGAAUGGCUAUUUCAUUUUCCAGUUUGAUAGUGAUUUAUACCUUUUAGCUGUUGGAAAGUACAUCUUUUCUAUAACUCAAGUGAGAAGUUAGUUUGUAGUAAAGGGAGUUGUGAGUGGCUGGUCUGGUUGAGAGACCACUUUUUUAAUUUGAAAGGACUCUUCUAUUAUUCUCUAGCUCUCUUGAUGGAUUAGUCUGAAACCUGUGCUGCUGGAUGGAUUGCUGUAUUCCAGUCAGUGAGUGAACUGAUUUCUACAUUUUUGCAGAGAAAGCUGAUCAAAUGAAAUAAUGGGGGUGAAGAUAAGACUACUCAGCUUACAAAAGAGUUCUCCUUACUGUGAAUCAAGGCAUUAAAUAUACCUUUUUAUAGUUUUUUUAUAUAUGAUUUUGUGCAA